AUGAGUACCGAGUCCUUGGUGAGGCAGCUCGAGGAGCAGCGCGCCGCCUUCCUGGCCCUGGAGCAGCGCGUCCACGAGGCGCUCCGUCAGCAAGAGUCGGUCUCGCGGGACGAGAGCCCAUCCUCGCCCACCUUCAGUGACGGCAUCGGCCGCCAGUCAACCGUCUCCUUUGCUGACCCGGGCCGCAAGUCGACCGGACUGGCGUCGAUCCUGCACACGAGCUCAGCCAUCUCGGUGGACAGCGACGACGAGGACGACGAGACGUUUUACGUUCGGACGCCUCUGCAGCCAAAGUCGUUAGCAGAAGAGGGCCUGCGCACCCACCUCAGGACUUACGAAUGGGAGUCGUGCGGCCAGACCAUCCUGGAAGAAGUUGUCCAGGAUAAUCAGUUGUUGUCUCCUUAUCUCUUUCCGACACCCGAUGAGGAGGAGUUGUCGCAUCCUUCGAGUUACCAGGUGUAUGAUGUAGGACUUGACGGCGCGCCCAUAAGCAUCGAUAUCGAAACUGGCGAAGACGAGGAAGUAACACAGUCCAAGGCCGCAGCUCUCUGGAACGUCAUCAAGGAUAUCAACGUGGAACCCGACAAUCGCUCUGCUGUGGGCCGAAUAAUAAUCGCUCAAGAACCAGCCCCCAUCGCCUUUGGCGCCUUGCACUAUGCGAUGGACGAGUAUUUCGAUAUGAACGAACUCUUCCAACACUUGGUCAACUCGGAACACUCAUCGGCAACGCCCCACAGACCGUUUUCGCAUGAUUCACGGCACCAGCGGACCUUCACUUUCAGCUUUGAGUACUACACAAUCAUCGGCGAGGAACGGCAACCCAUGCACUGGCAAAGCCAUGACAGGCAUCCUUCACCAUCCAACGCCCACCUGCCUCUCUCUCGCUGCAGUUCGAUCGUUUCUCUAGCAUUGCUGGGGGACCCCAUCAAGAAGCUCCGCAACAUGUCCCGGCGGAAGAACGUCAAAGUCAAGCAGGGUCUUGUGUUUGAUCCGUUCUCGCCAUGGCUCGUGCUCAACAUGCAAGCUUAUCCCGACUGGCUCGGGAACGCUGACGCUCACGAUUCCACAAAGCAUUAUGUAAACGGCCCUGAGGCGUUCUUGGCAACUGUUCUUAUGGAGUUUCGGGACGCACGAAAACGGUAUGAGGAGAUCUACAAGCAGAUUACGAGGAUGAUUACGCCGCCAACGGAUUUCAUCUUUGAUGCCGAUCAACGAGACAGGCGUUUGUUUGAGGACGACAAUUUCACCUUCACCAGAGGCUACUUCUGGGCGCACCAAACGCUUGGGUCCAUCAACGACAGCAUCAAGGCAAUGAUUGACGCCUACGAAGACACUUUCACGGACGAGGUAUGGGAAGGAAGACACAAGAGCAUUUGGCCGUUGCUCGAUGAAGCACUCCCUCGCAACGACUAUUUCCGAAGGAAACUCUAUCUGUUGCGGAAAGAAUUCGAACGCGAGGUAAAGCAUUUGCACGAGCAGAUCAAGGAGAACAACGACAGAAGGGUGGAAAUCCGGGAUUUGCGGGAUCAGCUGUUCAGUGGCACUUCUGUUCUGGAAUCACGCAAAUCGGUCGAACUCUCCGAGAUCACGAUUCUCCAGGGACACAACGUCAAGCUCCUGACCCUUAUCAACAUCUUCUUCAUGCCUCUCACGUUUGUCACAAGCGUAUUUGGGAUGACGAACAUGUCUACGGAGCACACGUUCUGGGAGUUCGGCACGGUUCUUGUGGUUGUUUGCGUUCCGUUCUUUUUACUCAUCGGCUCCCUCAACACGACAAAGGGUUACGAAUUCUGGAAAGCACGGUGCAAGGAAGUUAUGAAGACAAGUCUUUGGUUCCUGGCCUUCAUGUCCGGGUUGGCUCCGAAGGCGAGUCGACCUCAAAAAACCCAGCAGGAGGAGGGAGAAAGAGGAGAUAUACCCAGCCCCUACGCUCCCCGACGAAGCUGUGCUUCGGAUGCACCAGAACGGCCACGGAUACAACGAUCGCCCACGACGUUGGAUACGCUUGAGAAGAAUGAACCGAUGGGCGAGGCGGAAGAUGGUGAGAAAAGAAAGAAGAGGUGGUUCAAUCGCAAAAUUUUGGAACGCAUGUCACGAAGAAACGAGAACAAGGCCAACAGGACACGAGCCCAGGAGGUUUAG